UGAAACUUCCUAUGCCUUUGUCCAAAAUUUAAUCUUUUUAAUUCUUGUUUCAACCACUGACAAUACAAAAGACCCCAUCAAAAAUCUCCUAAACAUGUGGCUUUGUUCCUUUUGUUAUUAUCUGAACAAAAAAAGCAUAAAGUUGGCACAUUUUUCCUUCUCUUUUUCUGUUCCUGAGCUUUCUUUUUUCUUUAGUAGUAAUUAGUUUCCCAAUUUCUUGAAAAUGCUAAACUUUACUAGAUCCCAAUAGUCAUAUCUUUUUGUGCAUGAAUAUUAUUCACUUAACUUUAUACUUUCUGUAAGAUGCCCCUUUAAUCUUUUAUCAACCUUUCUGUUUUGUUUUGUUAUAGUUUAUACAAUUAUCUAGAAGAAAUAUGACCCCAAGUGUGUGAUUUGUGAUGUAUUGGUCUUUUUAGUGAUUUUCUUGUAUUUUCAAGAUAGCCUGAAAAUGGGUUGUGCUUAAUUGUCUCAAAAAUUGGUUUUUUUGGUUUUCUUGGUUGGUUAAGAGUUGAAAGUUCAGUACUUUUUUGUUGUUGUUACAAUGCCUCCAAAUUAUUUUCCUUUGAGAUGGGAGAGUACAGGUGAUCAAUGGUGGUUUGCUUCACCUAUUGAUUGGGCUGCAGCAAAUGGUCAUUAUGAUAUAGUGAGAGAGUUACUUCAUUUAGACACUAAUUUACUCAUAAAGCUUACAUCUUUACGUAGAAUAAGAAGACUUGAGAGUGUUUGGGAUGAUGAAGAACAGUUUGAUGAUGUUGCAAAAUGUAGGUGUGAAGUUGCUAAGAAACUUUUACUUGAAGGUGAAACAAAGAAAGGUCAUAAUUCUUUGAUUAGAGCUGGUUAUGGUGGUUGGCUUCUUUAUACUGCUGCUUCAGCUGGGGAUGUUGAAUUUGUGAAAAAAUUAUUGGAAAGAGACCCUUUUUUGGUGUUUGGUGAAGGAGAAUAUGGUGUUACUGAUAUGUUUUAUGCAGCUGCUAGGAGUAAAAAAACUCAAGUUUUUAGGCUGUUACUUGAGAGUAGUAAAGGGGAAUUAAAAGAGGAGGUUUCUUCUACUUUUAGGUUGGAAAUGAUGAAUAGGGCAGUUCAUGCUGCUGCUAGAGGAGGAAAUGUGGAGAUGUUGAAUGAGAUACUUGGAAAUUGCUAUGAUGUUUUGGUUUAUAGAGAUGCUCAAGGAUCUACUCUCUUGCAUUCUGCUUCUGGUAGAGGACAGGUUGGGGUUGUUAAGAGUUUACUGGAAAGGUAUGACCUUAUCAACUCCAGAGACAACCAAGGAAACACUGCACUGCAUGUUGCUGCUUAUAGGGGUUACUUAGCAGUUGUGAAAGUUCUUAUAUCUGCCUCUCCUUCAUCUACCACAUUAAGAAACAAUUAUGGAGACACGUUCCUUCACAUGGCUGUAGCUGGCUUUCGGACACCAAGUUUCCGCAGGCUGGAUCGACAGAUGGAGUUAAUGAAGCAGUUAGUGCGUGGAAAAAUUAUAGAGAUUGAAGAUAUUAUUAACAUCAAGAACAAUGAUGGUCGAACUGCUCUUCACUUGGCUGUAAUCGAGAACAUUCAGACUGAUGUAGUGGAACUUCUCAUGACUGCAUUUUCAAUAAAUUUAAAUAUCCGUGAUGCUGGUGGAAAUACCCCACUGGAUCUCCUCAAGCAACGCCCACAAUCUGCAUCUUCUGAGAUAUUGAUUAAGCGUCUCAUUUCAGCUGGAGGAAUUUCCAAUUGCCAAGACCAUAUGACAAGAACUGUCCUAGCUUCCCACCUGAAAAUGCAUGGUAUUGGAGGCAGUCCCGGUGCCUCUUUUAGAAUUCCCGACGCUGAAAUAUUUUUGUAUGCUGGCAUUGAUAAUGCGUCUGAUGCCAAUAGUGAUUCUGCAAGCACAGAAAUUGCUUCAUGCUGGGAUGAACCAAGCCCUUGCCAUUCUGCUGCGGGGUCGAACUCAUCACACAAGCUGGGCUCAGUUAACAGUGCUGCCAGACGUUUGAAGUUUCUUCUACGAUGGAAAAGGAAGAAAGAACCAACAGCGGAGACCAGUGGUUUGGAAGACAAUAUGUCUGUAGAAUCUUACAGAUUGUAUGACCAGCCAAUUCCUCUACGACAAAGAUUCUCGAGGAUGUCAUCGCUUCCAAACAGCAAAAGAGUGCUCCCUGUCCAAAAUUGUCUUCCAAGUCCAUCUACCAAAAAGAAAUUUGCAGCCGGGCUGAUGCACGGCGUUAUCCACAUGACACCACAGUCGUCUUGUGGAUCACCAUCGAGCGCUUAUUCUGAAUCUUCCUGGUCAUCUCCAGUGGUUGUCAACAAAGAGAAGAGGAUGGAUUUUGGCAAUGUGAGUGGAGGAUCCUCCAGCUUAAAUAUGUCGAGCAGUAGGGAAAAAUCGAAAUUGACACGUAAACAUGGCUCCUUCAACAUCAAGUUAAUGAAUCAGUACUUCUGCUUCGGCGCUCAAGGUCUCGCUGUGGAAAAUUCUGUUAAUUGUGCACAACAAGAUCAACAUCACAGGCAUUCAGUGGUAGCAUAAGUUCCAUUGCCACAUGUAUACUAUACUAGUAACAAGUCAUUGGACAUAUCCAUCCUGUAAAUAGCUUGGGAUUAUGGCCUUAAGUAUUACCAGCUUUUUGGCACGACAUAUUGAAAAUAUGUAUCUGGUGUUUGUAGUACACUUUUUUGGCUGCAGUAUUGGAUGGUCCAAUCCUUUUUGUCUUGUUGUC